UUCGAUGCAAGAGAAGACUGAAAAAUGGCGACUUUUACAUGUGAUUCCUUCACAAGGUUAUUAUAGAUUUUGGUUUACGCCACAGGGGUUUUAGAAUUCUCCAUGGGAAGAUGAGUUCACAAGAUGCAUGAAAAGAGGGGCAGUUUAACGUAUUAUCAAUUUCGUAUACCCCUCGAUCACACGCAACAAUACCAGAAGAGGAAAGGAUCAGCUGAAAGAUUCAAGAGGAGCAGCAGUCUGGGGAGCAGAGUUGAGUCCAGGCCAUGCAGUCAGCACAGUCAUAAUUGUGUUUACUUAGAACAAGAUGUUCACAACCAGAGUUCACAGCAUAUUUUGGUUGGAUCUGCAUUGAGACGACCCCAUGCUAGUGAGUAUUCUCUACUGGAUUACCAGAGCAUGCCAGAUGUUGGAAAGUCUCCUUGUCAGCCUUUUAGGCCUCAUUCUUCAUGUACAGUUUACAACUAUGCUUCUCGUCCUUUUUCCGCAAGGGAACAGUCAUCACACCUUGGAAGGCAUACAAAGUCAAGCUUGCUGAGAUGUCAGUCAGCCUCAUCGGUGUCCUCCUGUUCACAUUCAUCUGCCUCAAAUCUUAAAUCAGCAACAAACAAGAAACGUCUGUGUGAAAUUCGUGAUGACUACAGACUCUUUAAAAGUGAUCCAAUUCACAAACAAUUACCUCCCCACGGUGAAAGUCUCCACAGCUUUUUAACUGGAGCUCGGUAUAACAGAGCAAGAUACGUGGACUCACGCGCCCUCUCCAAGGUAGGAGUGUACAUUCCCAAGCCUGAUCUGAACUCAUUCUUCGUAAGGAAUGAGUUUGAUGAUUCAGGUGCAAGAAGCAUUUUUUCAGACUCUUCCCAAGAGGAACUAAUGAUUGAAAUAAUGAAAGAAGAAGAAAAAGGCAACAGGACUUUUCUAACACAGGAAACAAAUACAGAACCACAUUACCUAAGUAUUAAACACUGGCAUUCUGCUGAAUGGAAAACAGACAGAAAGCCAAGUAAAGAACAAAGGGUACAAUCAGCACCCUUAAAGAUCAAAGCCAUCCAGACAUAUUAUUAUGACUACAGUCAAGAGUGAAUCAUCUGUAACUAUUUAACUGAUAAUUAUUGCAUUUUGAUUACAAUUACUAAUUUAAAAAAAUUUUUUUUAAUUAUCUGAAGAUCCUUUGAGUGCACAGUCCAUUCCAGUUUGAACACUUCGGAGGGGUAGCUUUCUUAAAAAAAAUAUCACUGUUUCCUAUUAGUUCAUAUACAAGGAUUUUAAGCCUUCUUCCAGGUAUAUUACUGGUAUACAUAGAUCGAGUCCACAAAAAUCUCUGAAUAGAAUUUCUUGUGGUGAGACAGUUGAAUUUGCCCAGUGCAGUGUGCCCUUAAUAUUUUGCACCACCUAUAAUAGUUGUGUUGAAGACAAAUCUUUACAAUCCAGCUUUCAUCAAAGCAUUCAUUAAUGUGUUGAGAUGAACAACUUAUAUUGAGAAGAUUGAACUGGCCACAGAUUUCAAAUUUGUAAGAUUGCAAGCAAGAGGCAAAUAAGUGCAAUUGUGAGGCAGUGUUUGUUUGACAGUGUUUUUUAGAUAUAGUUCUGUUUGAGGAUUUUGUGUAUGCAAGUUAUUUACUGUGUAAGCAUCUGGUGGAGUUUUUGGCCAAAUAUCUUCAACAAGAUUUUUUGCAACCAGUUAUAGGGUUAUAUAAAGUUAAAUCCUUUGCAUUGAGAUAACUGAUUCUCAUUACUUGUCUUCACUCUGGCUACCAAAUGUGACAUUAAUUUAAAUUGUAGUGGUUAAUUUAAAUUUAUUUCCUUUGAAAUUUCUUGACAUAUUUCUUUCAGAAAUAACCAUAGGUUUUAUUAUAAUAAUUUAGCUAAAAGGAGUUUGGUGAUGCCUAUUUUACAUUUCUUUAGUAGCUGACUGCAAAUUUACAUAUCAAUAGUUGAUUGCUUGGCAAUGCAUUAAACAAGUCUGCAUGGAA